AUGCCUCUGAACCAGCCUUCAAACCAGAUCAAACUUACAAAUGUUUCGGUCGUCCGGCUGAAGAAAGGAGGGAAGCGAUUUGAGGUCGCGUGCUACAAGAACAAGGUGCAAGAAUGGCGUAGCGGAGUGGAGACGAACCUCGACGACGUACUUCAGAUCGCCAAUGUGUACCUCAACGUCUCGAAGGGCGAGCUCGCCAAGAGUCAGGAUCUGCAGAAGGCGUUUGGGACCACAGCCUUAGACACCAUCGUGAAAGAAAUCCUGAAGAAGGGCGAAUUGCAAGUGGGCGAAAAGGAGAGAGAACACGACCUGACCUCUAUUCGCCGCGAAAUUGCAACAUUGGUAGCGGAGAAGUGCGUCGACCCCGCAACACAACGACGCUACCCGAUCGGUGUCAUCGAGAAAGCUAUGGUGGAGGCUGGGUUCAGCGUUCGCCCAGGGAAGAAUGCGAAGAGCCAGGUCUCAGAAUGUAUCAAACUUCUCCAGUCCGAGUCCAACCUACCGAUACAGCGCGCACGCAUGCGUGUCAAGGUGACCAUGCCAAAGGCGGAAGCGGAGCGACUUCGCUCCCGCAUUCUCGAGGGCGCAGAGACCGUGGAACGGGACGACCAGAGUGGAGAACAAUGGGAAACCGUCCUACUCAUCGAUCCUGGUCAGUUCCGCGUGCUCAACGAGCUCUUACACAAGGAAUGUGCUGGCCGAGGUCAGCUAGAGACGUUGACGUUUGCGGCGACCGCUGGCAGCACAGAAACGGCAGUGUAA